UCGUUCGGAGUGCUGAGUCGCGUCUCCCUUUCUGUCGCCCCUCGCCGAGCGAGACCGGUUGUUUAAUUCAGGAAAGCGGGGGAAAGGCCACACAUUAGGAAGAGAAAGUUUCAUCGAUUUCAAGGGGAGUGACCUUAACAGCGGCUGGCGGCCGGACUAACAAAACCGAGUGCGUUGCCAAACUAACGUGUGUCUUCAUCAUAGUUGUGUAAAUCUCUCCCCGCGAUGGACCCAGCGAGAGACACUGCCCCCGAUUCCUGGGAGCAAGAGGACGAUGGCGAGGCCCCAGUCGACGUGCAACUUCAAGAUGCUUUCACCGGCCUGAACGUGAACGCCAAGCCGUUUAUCCCGAAUGUGAACGCCGCCGAGUUUGUCCCAGGCUAUCUCCAGAAAGGCCCCACGGAAAGCAUUACCUCCACCUCUCCUGAAAAAGACGCCCGUAUAGAGGUGUCAGAACCCGUUGCAGCUCCACCCAUGGAGAAUGGAGACACGGAGCUGUCGGCAGAGGACAACUGGGAGCGGAAAGGUUGUGAGGUUAGCGAGGCGGAGCCAGGAGGCGGGACUGCGGGCGACGGAGGUCCUGCCGAGGAGGACUCGCCACAGGAAGAAGGCACAGAGGAAGACGAGGAAGUGCCAACGCCGAAAAUGGUACCCGCCAAGCCAGAUGCUCCCAAGAAGGAGCAUGUCAAUGUAGUGUUCAUCGGCCAUGUCGAUGCUGGCAAAUCAACCAUAGGGGGCCAGAUCAUGUAUUUGACAGGCAUGGUGGACAAGCGCACUCUGGAAAAAUACGAGCGGGAGGCCAAGGAGAAGAACAGGGAAACCUGGUAUCUCUCAUGGGCCCUGGACACUAACCAGGAGGAGCGGGACAAGGGGAAGACGGUGGAGGUGGGGAGGGCGUACUUUGAGACGGAGAAGAAGCACUUCACCAUCCUGGAUGCCCCGGGCCACAAGAGCUUCGUGCCCAACAUGAUUGGUGGGGCAUCGCAGGCAGACCUGGCCGUGCUGGUGAUCUCAGCGCGGAAGGGCGAGUUCGAGACGGGCUUUGAGAAAGGAGGGCAGACGCGAGAGCACGCCAUGCUGGCCAAGACCGCGGGGGUCAAACACCUCAUCGUUCUGGUUAACAAGAUGGAUGACCCCACUGUGAACUGGAGCCUGGAGAGAUAUGAGGAAUGCAAAGAGAAGCUGGUGCCAUUUCUGAAGAAGGUCGGCUUCAACCCCAGGAAAGACAUUCACUUCAUGCCUUGCUCGGGGCUCACCGGGGCCAACCUGAAGGAACCAGCAGAGCACUGCUCUUGGUACACAGGGUUACCAUUCAUUCCACAUCUGGACAGUUUGCCAAAUUUCACCAGAUCCAGUGAUGGCCCAGUGAGGUUACCGAUUGUAGAUAAAUAUAAGGACAUGGGAACUGUAGUUCUUGGGAAGUUGGAGUCCGGGUCCAUCAGCAAAGCCCAACAGCUUGUAAUGAUGCCCAACAGGCACACUGUGGAGGUGCUAAGUCUGCUUUCGGAUGAUGUGGAGACGGACGAUGCCGGGCCUGGCGAGAACCUGAAGCUUCGGCUCAAGGGCAUCGAGGAAGAGGAGAUUCUGCCCGGCUUUAUCCUCUGCACCCCCGAGAGUCUCUGCCACUCUGGACGCACCUUUGACGCCCAGAUAGUCAUUAUCGAACACAAGUCCAUCAUCUGCCCAGGCUACAACGCAGUUCUGCAUAUUCAUACGUGCAUCGAGGAGGUGCAGAUCACGGCCUUAAUCUGUCUGGUAGACAAGAAGACGGGUGAGAAGAGCAAGACGCGACCACGCUUUGUCAAACAAGACCAGGUGUGCAUCGCUCGCCUGCGCACUGCUGGGACCAUCUGCCUCGAGACCUUCAAAGAUUUCCCCCAGAUGGGUCGUUUCACCCUGCGGGAUGAAGGGAAGACCAUCGCCAUUGGCAAAGUGUUGAAGCUUGUUGCUGAGAAGGACUGAAAUCACUGCAUGGGUGUUGUGGAUCAGCUGAGCAAAGCAGGGGGAAGGGUGUUGCUGCCAUAGCGACACGACCCGUGGCCUUCCUACCGUCUCUCCAACCUGCCUCCCGAAGACCAGCUCAAAAGAAAACAACAAAAAAACCUUCUUCUAUAAAAAACAAACAAACAAAAAACACCCAACAAAUCCGUUUUUAAGCAGAUGAUAGUCAAGUCCACACGUGUCGGCUUUCUCAUAUUGAGAGCUCAGUGAAACCAUUCCCUUUAGGUUCCCCUCCUUUUCCACCAGCGUCUGACACGCACGACGGCAAGAGAUGCAGCUCUUUUCUACCUUUUCUUUUCCCUUUUUAAUUUUUUUUUUGUUUGUUUGUUGUUUGUCAGAGAAAUAUAGUGGCAGCAGAUUCCAUUAAAAGUGGACCAGAGUUUGCUUGUAUAAUGAGUAUAAUGAGUUGGGAACAGUAAAGUUUGAGAUGAUUAACCGGUUGAAACCAAACUGUUAAUGUCCUGGUUCUGUGUCCCUUUGCCUCCUCUCAUUCGUUUCAUUUUCUCAUAGCGUUCCUGCAGAGUACACGGGCGUGCUCACGUGUUAUUAAAGCAACUUCUAUGACAAUAAAAUAUUGAAUUGGGGAAAUUAUGCGAUUACUGUUGAAUGGACUGAUAUUCAUUUACUGAGGAUGUAUAACUGCAUUACUUGGUGGAGAUGUUUGCUGUACAUCCAUUGUCAGUUGUGUUGCGAUCAGGAAUUUGUCAGAAAUUGUAUGGAAGAACGAAUUCACCUUUCUGCUAAGGCAUCUUAAGUGUGAUGGCAAAUGACCAAUAUGUUGAUUAUUGGUUAUCAGCAUGUCAAAUAUACUUGGAUCAAUUUGUUGUUGGAAUGAGGUUGUCUAAUACAGAUCAGGUUUAAUGCAAACCAUUUCAUCCCA